AUGAAUUUCUAUACUGGAGGUUCUUCUAAUAAUAAUGAUGAAAAAUCCUUUUCAUCAUCAUCAUCAUCUUUAGAUUUAGAUGAUACUAUUGCAGAAGAGCAGCAAGUAAUCUUGCAAAAUAUUCGCAUGAACAACUAUAUGUUGCAAUAUUUGCAAGAAUAUCAAAAAAAUGAAGUUUUCAGAGUUGGCUCUGUUCCAGGUCAUUUAGUAAUCAAUCGAGAUCGUGAAGCAGCUGAUAAUAAUUUAUUUCUCGAUUAUUUUUCAGAUAAUCCACGCUAUAAUGAUGGUACGUUUCGUUGUCGAUAUCGGAUGUCCCGGAAUUUGUUUCUUCGUAUUGUUGAUGCAAUUAAAGCUCAUGAUACGUACUUCGAACAACGUGUUGAUGCGAUGGGUAGAUUUGGUUUAUCUACUAUACAAAAAAUCACAGCUUUGUUUAGAAUGUUGGCAUACGGCUUGCCAGCGGAUGCCACUGACGAAUAUGUGAAAAUUGGAGAGUCAACUGCAAUUGAAAGCAUGAAGAGAUUUUGUCGAGCUAUCGUAGAGGUUUUUGGCCAGCAGUAUCUGAGAUCACCAAUAGCUAACGAUGUUGCAAGGCUUCUUCACAUCGGUGAGCAGCGUGGUUUUCCAGGAAUGCUAGGUAUUGCUCCUCCCGCCCAUUAUGUUAUUCAAGGAAACGAAUAUGAUGUGGGUUAUUAUUUAGCUGACAGUAUAUAUCCAAAAUGGUUUACAAUUGUACAAACCAUUCAUGAGUCACAAUCUCAAAAGAAGAAAUAUUUCGCGACGAAACAAAAAUCAUGUCGAAAAGAUGUUGAACGUGCAUUCGGAGAUUUGCAAUCUCGUUUUACAAUUAUUGCAGGGCCGUCGCGUUUUUGGAGAAAAGAAGUGCUACAUGAUAUAUUAACAUCAUGUAUUAUACUGCACAACAUAAUAAUCGAGGAUGAGCGUGAUCUUAAUGCACUAAUUCAAGAUGCUUUAGAAGGUCCAACUCCAACAGUAGAAAUGGUAAUAGAUGAAAAUUAUCGAUUUAAACAAUUUUUAGCUCGACACAAAAAAAAUAAGAACAAAGAUGCUCAUUUUGCACUUCGUAAUGCAUUAGUAGAGCAUUUAUGGGAGCAACGUACUAAUCAUGGAAGUUGAAUAUUUAUGUAGAAAUUAAAAUAAAUUCUACCUUAAUGUAAUAGUAUUUAUUUAAUUAUAUUUUAUCAAUGAUUUCACUUUUAUUUGAAUUAUCCAUUAAUAUGUAUAACGUAUAAUAUUUGCUUACAAUUUAUAUUAUUUAAAAU